AUGGUGAAAUCUUACCAGCGUUUCGAGCAAGCCUCUGUUUUAGGAGUCAUUUCGAGCAAUUCCAACUGCAUAUGGAUACCCGCGGAGACUAGGAAUGCAUCGGGUCAGGUACUGACAGGAGCACUAGAAAAUGUGAAUUGUUGGUCAAUGAAGUCCGGCGAUUUACUCUCAACGCUUAGCGAUGGGCUACCACCUGGGGCGGUUGACGCAAAAUCUAGUAAACCUGCUGAAACCACAUUUUUACAGUACCAUCCUGAAACAAAACUGCUUGCGGCAGGGUACAACGAUGGCGUAGUAAAAAUCUGGGAUUUGCUGUCCAAAUCCGUGUUGAUCAACUUCAAUGGACACAAAUCCGCCAUCACCGUGCUUAAAUUUGAUAGCACUGGUACCAGGCUGAUAUCCGGUUCUAAGGACUCGGACAUCAUCGUGUGGGACUUGGUUGGCGAAGUUGGUUUGUUUAAACUCCGUUCGCACAAGGACUCCAUCACAGGCCUUUGGUGCGAAGGCGAAGACUGGUUGGUCAGCACAUCAAAGGAUGGGCUAAUUAAAGUUUGGGAUCUCAAGACCCAGCAGUGCGUGGAAACGCACGUAGCACACGUUGGAGAGUGCUGGAGUAUGGGUGUUCACGAAGAUUUGGUAGUCACUUGCGGCGGAGACAACCAAAUCAAGCUGUGGAGUGUAGAUUACGAAAAACCCGUGGGCUCAAUGCUCACUGAGCGUGGCACGCACGAAAAGCAGAGCAAGCAAAGAGGUGUAUCUGUUGAGUUUACUACAAUCAGUGAUGGUGUAACGUUUUUCUUUGUCCAGAACGCAGACAGAACCGUCGAAACGUUCAGGCUGAGAACUGAGGAUGAGAUAUCAAAGGCGUUAAAGAAGAGAGAAAAGCGGCUAAGUGACAAAGGACUUACAGGGGAAGAAAUUCAAGCCAAUCUCAAGGAAUCCUAUACUUCAUUCAUAAUGCAUCCAUUCCAAAUCUUAAGGUCCCCUUAUAAAAUAAAAUCCGCAUGUUGGGCUGUCACAACAACUUCAAAGCUUGAAAUAGUCGUCUCAACCUCUAAUAACACAGUCGACUAUUACUCUAUUCCCUAUAACAAAAAGGAGCCCAAGUUGCCAUCUCCUCCAAAAAUUUACUCAAUUGACAUUAAAGGUCAUCGCACUGAUGUGCGCGCCAUUGACAUCAGUGACGACAACAAGCUUCUUGCAACCGCAUCAAACGGCUCUCUUAAAAUCUGGAACAUAAAAACGAAAAGCUGCAUAAGAACUUUCGAAUGUGGGUAUGCUUUAGCUUGUAAAUUUUUACCAGGUGGUGCACUGGUAGUGAUUGGAACAAAAACUGGCGACCUGAAUCUUUUUGAUUUAGCGUCCUCUACUCUUCUCAGCUCUAUUGAGGCGGCGCAUUCAGGGGCAAUUUGGUCUUUAGACCUUACAGCUGACGGAAAGAGGCUAGUUACCGGUUCCGCUGAUAAAAGUGUUCGUUUCUGGGACUUUCAAGUGGAGCAAGAACUUGUUCCAGGAACAACUGAUAAGUUUGUUCCUAAGUUGAAAAUGUUUCACGACACAACGCUGGAACUCAAUGAUGAUGUCUUGGCCGUCAAGAUAUCACCAGACAAUCGCUUGCUUGCAAUUUCGCUUCUCGAUAAUACUGUUAAAGUGUUUUUCUUGGAUUCCAUGAAAUUUUUCCUAAGUUUGUAUGGUCACAAACUCCCUGUGCUUUCUAUUGAUAUUUCAUUCGACAGCAAGCUUUUGAUCACUUCUUCUGCUGACAAAAAUAUUAAAGUUUGGGGCCUUGACUUCGGUGACUGUCAUAAGUCGUUAUUCGCUCAUAGUGACUCUAUCAUGAAGGUGGCGUUUUUGCCCGAAUCUCACAACUUUUUCAGCUGUGGUAAAGAUGGACUCGUAAAAUACUGGGAUGGAGACAAGUUUGAAUGUAUUCAAAAACUUGCAGCACAUCAAAAAGAAGUCUGGACAAUCGCCAUCUCCCAUGAUGGCACAUUUGUUGUGUCUGCAUCCCACGAUCAGAGUAUCAGAGUGUGGGUAGAGACAGAUGACCAAGUAUUUUUGGAGGAAGAGAGGGAGAAGGAGAUGGAUGAGCAGUAUGAGAAAACUCUAUUGAAUUCUCUAGAAGAUGGUGCAGGUGAUGCUAUGUUUCAUGGAGACGGAAAUGGCGGUGCAGAGAUAGGAGACGAAGCCACAGAUGUUCAUAAGCAAACCACAGAAUCACUAAAAGCUAGCGAAAGGCUAAUGGAAGCCAUGGACAUGGGAAUGGCUGAGAUUAGCAACCAUUUGGAAUAUGAGCAAGCUCUGAAAGAAUGGCAAAAGAAGAAGUCAGGCCCUCAUCCGGGGAGGCCUCAACCUAACAGUAUCCUCAUCGCUAUUAACAAAACUCCGCUUGAGUACAUCAUGGAUGUACUGGCAAGAAUAAAACCCUCGCAGCUCGAAGAUGCUCUUUUGGUGCUUCCCUUCUCUUAUGUGCUGGAAUUUUUGCAUUUUAUUGAACUAGUCAUUGAGGAUAAAUCUUUAGUACGCAGGCACCUUCCUCUUCUCUGCAAAAACUUGUUCUUCAUUAUUAAGGCUAAUCACAGAGAGUUGUUUUCUCAGAAGAAUGAGAAACUUAAGAUUCAGAUUGACAGGAUCAAAUAUGGAUUAAGAAAUUCUAUCAAGGCCAAAGCUGACGACUUGGGCUUCAACAUACAAGGCCUGAAGUUUAUUAAGCAGCAGUGGAAUUUGAAGCACAACUUCGAGUUCUCUGACGACGUGAUUAUAAGCAAGCAGGAUAAAAAAGUGAAAAAAAGGGUUUUUGAGACAGUCGUAUAG